UUAAAUUUUUAUUUUGUCUCUCAUUUGCUCAUUUUCUCUUCAACGAGACUUGUCGGCUUAGUAUUGAAUGUAUCGUCUUGUUGUUUGGUUCAGUUUUAUUUUAUUUUGUGAUGAUUUCUUCUCUUCAGUGACUAAUAUUGAAUUGAAAAAAAAAACUGGAUAUUUUUCUAUUUUAUUUAAAGGCCAUCAGUCGAUUGUGAAAGUUUUUGUAAUAAAAUAAUAGAAUUUGAUAUCUAUUUAUAAUAAAUAAUAAUACGAAGAUCCAGUUUAAAAGGUGCUAGGUAACUGUAAGAGUGCAAGUGCAAUGGUCGGCUAUUUCUAGAUUUAUGUAGCAAGAAAGAAAAUAAAGCAAAGCAAACGCAAUAAACAUAAAUAUAACUUGUGCAGAAAUAAAAGCGACUUUUACAUGUAGAGAAAGUAUGUGGCAGAAGUGAAAGAUAUUUAUUUGUAAUGCUUGAUCGCGUAUUGUAAGAAACAGCGACUCAAACAUAAAAAAAGCAAAAAUCUGUAAUUUUUUGUGUGUCACGAAAAGAUUAUUUCUUUGCACCAUUGCUUUGCUUUAAGUGCUUGUGCUGUUGCUUCGACUGACGUCAACCACCACACAUAAAUAAGAAAAAGACAAAAGACUCAAAAGCUAUUGAAAACAGUAACGACAAACACAUUUCAAGGUGUCAAUAAACGAUUUGAGUCAUCUUAUGGUUAACGAAUAAUGACACCAUCGCCUGAGAUUAUCAAGAUUAAUCAACCAUCAGAGCUUUUGAGUGUCGAUAACAAUCGUAAAGCGAAAUUUCAGUUGACUGUUAAUAAUAAAACCUUGGAUUCAUCUGAGCCUAGCAGUUCUACAGGUCCCUCAAUAUCAUCACAGUGUUCGUCAAUUUCAGACGGUGAAUCUUAUGAAUGUUUCGGUGAAAACGACCAAAUGUCAACGUCAAAUGAAUUAGAAAACAGUUCUGGAGUGGAUCUUGAUUUGGCAUUACAAACUAACGAUGCUGAAAAGCCAGCAAUCACUCGACAAAGUUGGGCAAGAACAUCUCUACGUGGAUUGCGUGGAAGUAUGAAGAGGCCACUUGGUUCCAAUGUAUUAGCAAAUCAUCUUUAUCGUUCAUCUUCAUUCAACUCGUCUGGAAGGAGUUCCAAUUGUGACAUGACCGAAGACAUGUACAGUGAUGUUAGUCUCGAAGAAGUGCAAGAUUUAAAUCAUAAACUGGAACUGCUUCAAAGGCAGAUUACGACUUUAGCUGACACGCAAAUGAACUCUGACGAUCGUACUAUUCGUGCCAAAACUGAGAAUGCAGUUCUUCAGACAAAAUACGAGAUUUUAGAGGAGCAACUUAGGGAAACAGAAAUGAGAUCUGAAGAGAGACUUGCAGAGGAACAGAAACGAUAUCGUGAACUUAUAGCACGUGUUGAACGCGAAGCUGAAUUGAGAAAUGAAAAUGCUCAAAUUCGCAUAUGUACAGCGGAAGCUGAAUCAGCGUCAUUACGAGAAGAGAUACAACGACUGAAAAUUCAAUGUGAUAAGCAAUCAAAAGAGCUUGCGUUAUGUGAAGAAAAGCUCGACAAUUAUAAAUUUAACUUGACAAUAGCUCAGGAGAAUUUAUCAGAAUCAAAAGAAGCGGAGAAGCGUUAUUUGCACGAGAAACAACAUUCGGAGCAAUUAAUAACCGAACUUCAAAAGGAGAUCGAGUUGAUUAGAGCUCAAGUUAUGGCUUCAGUGAAAAGCUCGAAAUCUAAUGGAUAUCAUCGUCAGAUAUCAGCUUCUUCAUUGUCCCUCGAAUCCAACACUUCAUCAGACAUGUAUCGAACUGAAGAGUUUCAUAAUGAUAUGAAAGAGCAAUUAGAUGAAUUGAAACAACAAAAUAAUGUUUUAAAAGACGCCAACGAAGAGUUGCAAGCCAUGUUACUUAAUAAAAAUAUCGAAGAAGGUCGAAACCUUUUGACAGGUGGAACAUCAAUAGCAAAUCUUGCUGAUGAGCUCAAAGAAAUGGGCCAAAAUCAGGAUGAAGCACUCAUGAAUUCAUUGUCACAGCUUCAAUCUGCAUAUCAAGAAAAAGAUGAUGAGUGCCGAAGACUCAAACGAUAUAUCGAUACAAUUCUUCUUAACAUUGUUGAGAAUCAUCCUCAAUUGUUGGAGAUAAAAUCGUCAUCGAGUCAAUUAUAAUUUAUAAAAAAGCUUCAAUUUAAUAUUAAAUUAAUUUUAAACGUAAGAAAUCCUUUUAAACAUGUCUCUUAAUAUUUAACAUGAUUAUUUUUCAAAUUGGAUUGCUUUGGUCAGCAUAUUUGACUUGUGGAUCUUGAAACUUUCAAUCUCAAUAAAAUUUAUAUUUAAAUAGUAAAAGCCAAA